AUGGAUUACGUUCCAUUAGUGGUGACGACCGGUAUUGUGUGUUUCUUGGUCUACUGGAUGGUCAAAUGUUGCUGCACAAGGCGUACUAGUCAGGGUGCUAUCAUAGCAACACCCGUGGUGAUAACCUCCGAAGUUCAUCGUGUUGCACCGGGCACCACAGCUACACAAGUCGGUACGAUCAUUCAGGGCCAUCCUACCGGGACGUCCGCGUAUCCAAUAAUGUCGACUGCCUACCCAGCACAACAUCCAGCGCCGUAUAAUGCCCAACCCCCCUACAUGCAACACUAUCCUCUGCAAACAUCGGCCGCACCACCGCCAACCGUUCCUCAUCCACAUCAGCAGCCGGCUCCUGUACAGUUUCCGUCCCUUCCUGCUAGCGCGCAAAUCCCUCCACCACCGGCAGCAUCCGCACCAGCCGGCGCACCUGCCGCUCCGAUGUUCAACCCACCAAGCUACGAUCAGGUAGUGUCCGGUGCCUACCCAGCACAGGCACCGUACAAUCCGGACUUCAAAGGUUAA